AUGGAAUCUUCGGGGCCUCUUCCGACGUUGGAGUCGUUGCAUUUCCCGUCGGCCCAGCAAUCCAUUUCACAGACACUCUCAUCUCUGCGUCGAUCAGCGCUCUCCGUCUCCAAUCGACUUCAAUCCAUCGAGACUGAUGCCCAGUUUGUGCAAGAGGUCGCUGAUCACUAUGGGCUGCCACUGGUAGCUAAUGAGCGAUGCGGAAGCUGGUACAUUCCGCCAACGACCAAGGUCGGUAGUGCGUAUUUCAAAAGCACUGAUGGCCACACCGGUCAGUGGGAUUUUAGCUUUCGCAGACUAAACCUGCAGUUGCUACCGCUGGUCAAGGAUCAUGGCGGUUGUGUGAUAGUGGAUUCAACUCGUCGAGGAAAAUUGAUGCCAGAUGCCUUAUCAAAGACGGUUCCCAUCUGGAGCGCUGUCCUUAACAGGGCUCUUUUCCCAUCUCAAACAGCCUAUCACCCAGUCCAACUUCCCCCAAACUUCCUGGGAGAAUCAGAAGAAGCACAGAUCGAAAGCCGAAUUGACAAAUUUGUGUAUUCACUCAAGACAAGGACUGAUCCAACGCCACAGAGUCUAAAACUCGAUCUAGAUGGUCUGCAAGAGCAAAUUGGCAAACCCAUCCAAGUAGCUUGGGCCAAUAGGUCAUAUUAUUACCCCUCAGACCUCCAGAAGAGCAAUGACCAUCGCCUCCUUGUGCUAUGCUCCGCGUCAAGGCGCGUGCAUGGCGCCGAGAUGUCAGAGGGCGGAUACAUCCAAGGUGCGGGUGAUGAUAGCGAGGGGUGGGCAUAUGGGCUGACGCCGCCGGUGUUCUGGGCCAAUCGGGAAAUAUUGAAGAAUACGGCUGAAGAUGAUUUGCCUGAUCUUAUCCAGCGGUUGGUUGGUGAACACAAGCAGCUGGAUGUAGCUGGCGAUGCGACACUCAUUGCUCCAACGAAGAACUUGUUCAUUACUUCGGGGUCAGUCGAUGCGGCGAGCAAGUAUGAUCUUGUGAUUGACUGCAAUGGAACCCCGGUUGAGGGCGAUGUGAAGAGGCUCGGCUUGGGCUGUGAUACGGGGAAGCUGGGGAGUCGUGAUUUACGCAAGUCGCUGGAUAAAGUUCGGGACUUUGUUGCUACACGAAUUGGGGCGAAUCCAGACCUUUCUUUAUUGGUGACUUGUGAAAGUGGAAAGGAUCUUUCGGCGGGAACACUGUUAUCGAUUAUAUGCUUGUUUUACAACGAUGAAGGUGGCUUCGAUGCCUCGCUGAGCAAGCGCGCAAUCAGCAAGCAAUUCAUCAGACAGCGUCUAGCUUGGCUUGUGUCGUCGAAACAUGACGUUAAUCCGUCUCGAGCCACACUUCAGUCUGUCAAUGCCUUUCUGAUGCAGCCGCCGGAUUAUUGA